GAUUCAGUCGUUGAUGCCUUCAGAAGAAUCUACUAUUCACGAUAUGAGCGAAGAAUAUCAGAUGCGAAAAGAAAGGAUCGGCCUGAGCUGAUCAAACCCGGUUGGAGUCGCCUCAACCUUGCAAAAAAGUUCACUCUGCCACCACUAGAGGACAAGAUGCCGAGAGUGGAUUGCAGCACACUAACUGUUGAAGAAUUCCGUGAAACGUAUGAGCAACCGCGUGUACCCUGCAUGAUCACUGGUCUAACAAAAUCAUGGAAAGCCCACAACAAUUGGAAAAUCGAUAACCUUCUGCAAAAAUAUGGCAAUGCUAUGUUCAAAUGCGGUGAAAACUCCAAUUCUAAACCUGUUCUUCUGAAGAUGAAGUACUAUGCUGAGUACAUGAGCAAAACCAAAGACGAUAGUCCACUGUACAUAUUUGACGGGCAAUUUGGAGAGCGAGUAGCUACAAGUGACAUGCUGAACGACUACGAAGUUCCUGUUUAUUUCCAGAACAAUCUAUUAGAUGUUCUUGGAUCACAUAAGUUGAGACCGGCGUACAGAUGGAUUACGAUUGGGCCAGCUCGCUCGGGCACCAACAUUCACGUCGACCCCUUCGGAACGAGUGCAUGGAAUGCUCUGAUUCACGGCCAUAAGCGAUGGGUUUUCAUUCAUCCUGAUGCCCCUCGUGAGCUUGUACGAAUCCCGAAAGAUCGGCGUGGCAUUCAUCCUUUGGAAGCUGUCACUUGGUUUUCUACAGUUUAUGAGCGUAUCUGCAAAGGGGACUGGCCGUUCGAGAAAUAUCCUGUUAUAGAAUGCCGACAGAAUCCAGGAGAAACAUUAUUCGUGCCAUGCGGUAAGGAACCAUGCAACCAACCUUUACACUGA